AGCUAAAUUUAAAUAAAAUCGUAUUAAAAUGUAUUUUUUUCCGCGUAUGUGCAUUUGUGUGCGUGUAUUGGUGCAUCGCGUGGGCAUUGAGCGAAACAAAACAAAAUUGUUGAAAAUUCACUAAAACAACAACAAUGCAUUUAAUAUUGACCCAAUUCAGAAAAAUCAAAAAAGCGAAAGAAAUCAUUAGAAAGCAAGCGCAGCUAUUAAUUGAGCCAAUUGCUAACUUUUCUGACUCAGCAUGUAAAUCAGCAUAUAUAACCCGGAAUUGGUUUCUACAAAGCAUCAUUUGCUUUUAACUAAAUUUUCAUCAAUGUUCAGUGAGUUCAAAUGACGUCCGCUAAGCUGCCAAACACAAACUGUUGACUACGCGAGAUCCUUAACUAAAAGUACAAAUACCAACAAUGGGCAAUUCUUGUAAAAAAUCACAAAAUCCAAAAAUACCCGACGAUGUCAAUGAUGGCCUUGAGACAUUGGAGGAAUAUCGAAGCCGUUGGCGUUCGGUGCGCGUCAUUUAUUUCACAAUGUUCCUGAUGUCACUUGGCUUCAGUAUUAUACUAACAGGCAUAUGGCCGUACUUAAACAAGCUAGAUCCAAAGGCGGGCAAAGAGUUUAUGGGUCUCAUUGUUGCCGCAAAUCCGUUGGGUCAGAUGAUCUUCAGUCCGCUCUUCGGUUGGUGGAGCAAUAGAAUUGGCAGCAUACGUUUACCCUUACUAUGUUCGUUGGCGUUGUUCACAUUCGCUAGCGGGCUGUAUUCAUCACUGGAAAUGCGUCCCGAUCAUGUCAAGUACUGGAUGUUGAUCUCACGUUUCUUAAUUGGCGUCAGUUCGGCAAAUAUUGCUGUGUGCCGUUCGUACUUAUCGGCAGCGACACGUUUGAGCGAACGCACGAAAGCCGUUUCGAUGGUGUCACUGGCACAGGUGUUGGGCUUCAUUGUGGGACCCGGUCUACAGACGGCUGUAACACCAUUGGGUAAUGAUGGUUAUAGUUUUCUUUGGGGCUCCAUUGUUUUCAACAUGUACACGGCUUGUGGCUGGAUAAAUGUACUUAUGAGCAUUGGCAACUUCAUCAUGUUUCUGCCGGGACUUUUUGAGGAGCAUAAGAUAGCUGCGCGCGAAAUAAUGAUAAAACAGGGUAAAAGUUCGGAGCGUGAAACGUGGAAGGCCAUCAAACCGGACUAUGUGUCAGCGUGGACUUUAAUUAUGGCAUUCUUCGUGCUGGUCUUCAACUUUGUGCUGCUCGAAACACUCGGCACUUCUCUCACCAUGGACCAGUUUGCUUGGAGCAAUCAUGAAGCGCUCUACUACAUGGGCAUACUGAUGUCAGUGGGUGCUAUUGUGGCACUCGCCACCUUUGUUGCCAUCAAUCCGCUUUGUAAAGUUUUUCCCGAACACUAUGUGCUCAUAUGGGGUGGCUUUUCGCUAAUGGUACUCGGCCGUGUGCUGUAUAUACCAUGGGGCGAUGGCCCACCUGUUAUUGCUGAAGUUUACAAUGAAACAUUACCGCUGACGGGCAAUACUACAAUAGAUCUCGAUCCGAAUGAUAUCGUAUUUCUCGGCUGCCCCAAAACACAGCCCUGGUGUGAGCUAACGCCAGCACUGACUUUAACACAAUUCAUCAUCGGCUAUGCAUUCACUUCAAUCGGUUAUCCGAUCGGUGUCACAUUGAUACAAACGAUCUUCUCAAAAGUAUUGGGACCACGACCGCAAGGUGUUUGGAUGGGUCUGAUGACCGGUGCGGGUUGCUUGUCGCGCGUAUUGGGACCUGUUUUUGUAGGUGUGAUCUAUACACGCUAUGGCACAUACUGGACGUUCGGCAUAACGUCGGUGAUGAUGUUCGUAGCGAUGAUAUGGCUGCUGUUAUCGAAAAAUCGUUUGAUACCACCGAGUUUCGACAAUCCUAUGGGUGCCGAAAUGCAAACAUUGAGUACAAAUAAAGUGCCACUGGCAUCAGCGGAAGAAGAGUACAAAAUAGUGCCACAAAUUGAUGACGAAGCGCCGGCGCUGAUAGAGAAUGAAGAUGACCUGGAUGCUGCUCUAAAUACAGCGCUGUAUUCGGACAAAAAUAAUAUAACUAUAGUUGUAGCGGAAAAGUGAUUUUUCUAAACCGUUAUAAGUACCUCCGAAGUUACUUAUUUUGAGCUACGUCUUUCGGCUUGCAGUGCAAAAAUUGUUGUUGCGCAUAAACAACCGGUAAACCGGUUUGAAAAAUGUUAAAAUUACAAAAUCAUUAACAAAUUAUGGAAAAUCACUUCUAACCUUUUUAAAAAGUUUUUUUGUGAAUAUAGCGUUAUAUAUUCCUCUAUGUAAAUUACUUAUGUAUACGUUAGUAUUAAAAUUAAUUAUGUCGAAAUUAUAGGUUUUUACAGUUGACAAGUGUA